CUGGGUAGUGUCUCGGUGACCAAACAAAGCUCAGGGGCAUGUCCGGGCCCUAUCCUGGGGAAAGUAUAUAUACAGAGGUCAGGAGGCCUGGGUAGACCACUGGGAAGCGCUGACAUGGCGAAGAUGACCAGGAGGAAACCACAAGCCUCUCCCGGCACAGGCAUUAAACAACGAACUGCAAACGUCAAAGUGGGGAAGAAGAGGAAGGCUCCUCGUCAACCCAGGUCCAGAGGCAGCUUCAAGGUGCCCAAGGUAACCAGGAAGGCAAAAGGACCCCUUGGAGGGACUUGGAGGAGAAAGACUUCUCCCCAAAUGACCACCCCUUCAAUUAAACCUAAGAAGAGAAGAGGGCUGACUCUAUUUGGCCAUUAUCACCGGCUGAACGAGGAGCUCAGUCAAAAUGAGCCAGAUCAGGCCCCAGAGAGCAGGGGGGGGGGGAGCUCCACCACCUCAAGUGUCACCCUCAGCAGCCAGUAACUUCAGAGUGAGGCCAAUGACCUCAGACCUAUCUGAAAAGUCUCUGGAGGUCUGGACACUGGGAAUGGCCAACCUUGAGGACGGCAAAUUUCACACUAACUGGGUACAUAACUGUGAUGAAAAUAA